CUUGCAUUACUAAGAUUUAAAAAAAAAAAACAUCUGCCUGACAGCAGUGCCGAUUAAAACACAAGUAAAUGAAUUCGUCCAGAUUUUCUUUUUACAAUCUGUACUUUUUACAUAUUCCAGAUCCUAUACUUUGUAUAGGGUUUGUAUGCAAAAGUCACUAAAUUUGAACCAGACACCUGAUGCAUCCAACUGAUUAGUGCAGAUCUGCAUAACCCCAACAUUGGCAUCCCAAAAAGUGGGAUGUUGCUGGGAGGAGGUAAAGGGGGGUGAUCCGGUGACGCUCUGCCCAAAGGCACAUUAUUUCCCAGAUUAUUGGCAGGUAAGCCUGGCAUGAGUAAGUUAGCCCACAUGGGAAACCAUGCAGAGAGCACUGUUUCACUGCUCUCUGCAUUGACCUAGUGACCCGAGUGUAGAAAUUGCACAUAUUAUGAUUCUCUAGUCCUACGGUUUGGGGACAGCUCCUUGGUGUCUGGAAGGUAGGACAGGACCUGAACAUCGUGACUGUCCGCUGAAAACCAGGAUGGUUGGGAGACAUGGAUUCGGUCAGGUUGACCAAAUUCUGACCAGAGUUGUCUUUAGUAAAUAUGAGAAUUGCCAUGGCUGGAAUUUGGCCAUUUUACCUAAUUUUAUCCACCUGAACAAAAUUCAGUGUUUAGUGAGUAACCCUGAUUUUUUUCCAAUUCGAUUUUCUACUCACCUCAAUUCACUACUUAGUGAAUAAACCCUACAUGAAAAUUUUCCUGAGGAAGGAAUUCUAUUUUUUACUUUGGUGCCCUACCAUUACAACAAAAUAUGCUUGUCCCUUAGUGAAUACUGCGAUAGCCAUCAGACUACAGUGAGCGGAGUGUAGAUCCAGCCCAUAGAGUGCAGUGACCGCCCGCUACCAGCAUUACUCAGCAGGUCAUGUGAUCAGUGUCUGGCAUGGAAGCCGCUCCGUGAAACCCCCUGACACUACGCACGUUCCCCCGGUCCUGUUACUGGCUGCAGGCGGGACCAUGAUAACCAGUCCAGUUUACUAAGCAGGAUCCCCGGAACCACCGAACAUCUGACAGCAGCCAUACUUCCGGAGUCAGGGUCACUCACCCUCACACUUCCUGGAGGAGAACUGCAAUAUACACAACACAACCGGAGUCAGUCAGUCAGUGAGUGAGUGGGGUGGGGUGGGGUGGGGUGGGAGCAAUAACUUUGUCGGGAGGGGGAGCACAGGGGCAAUUUGUAAGACGUGGUAUCGCUUAAUGUAUGAUCAUGUCAUGUGAGGGCUGUAAGGGAAUGGGGUGGGUGAGGUGGUGUGCUGGGGGGUGUGGCUGUCAGAAUGUAAAUAGAAUUAUAAAAUGAAUUACUAUAAUCCACUUACAGGACAGGCAUUUGUUAGUUCGGGCUAGGGGUGGGGGGUGAGACUGGGCUCAGUAUAGGAAAUCUGCUCAAGUGUUGGAGGGUAAUGAUUUGGCUUUUUAGGUCUUGCUAGUCUGAGCUGUACUUUGCACCAGGCACAUUCUAUAAUAAAAAUUGAGCAAAGUUGCAAGUAACAGAGUAACAGGUGCUUAGGAGAGAUGGAGGUGGAGGUGACUCAAGGGGAUCCUGAUUAUCAAGGCACAAUAGUUACUGUUCUGGUGCUAGAUGUUUAGAAACAUUCUGUUGGUUUCCAUGGAGAUUGCUCUUUCUUCAGCACUUUGCAGAAGUAUAGCACAUGCUUUAGCUCUGAUACAUAUGGUCCAAAGUCACUGGUGGUCGUAAUUUGCACGUUAUUUAUUUCAUUAUUGACCACUGUACAUGUCUGUCAUUCCUUUUAGUAGGUCCCCAUGUUGCAAACAGAAUUUAAUACUAUACUUGUCAGUCAUCUUUAAUAUACGUUUCUCUUUUUUGCCAUCUAACAUGGAGAAAGAGGAGAAACUGAAACUGUUGGUUUUCCUUAUUUGCACUGCAUUGCCUGAUUGUACCAGGAGUCAAUUGGAUUGUGAUAGCACUAGUAAAUCUACAUACUUUAUACAAAAACAGCAUCAUGUGAAAUAAAAGUUAAAGGGUUCUGCUUUUUAGAAGGGGUCAUGGUGGGAGUCUGUAUUUCUCUAGAGAUAUUUGCACUUGUGUGUCGGAGGCUAGUAGCACUCUCGGUACACAGUGUAUGCACGUCAGCAUGGGAAAAGCGUUUGUGUCUGUUUGGUGGGUCACUGAGAGUCAUUGGUUAAUGAAUAACCAGUUAAAGGGAUUCUAUAGUGCCAGGAAAACAAAGCCGUUUUCCUGGCAAUAUAGGUUCCUAAUGUGCCCCCUCCCGUUGCGCUGAAGAGGUUAAAACACCUUCAGUAAUUUACCCGAUUCCAGUGACAAUGUCCCUCGGCGCUGGGUCAGGCUCUGCCCAUACUCCUCCUCCUCCUCAGCAAUGACCGCUCUCGCAUUCAGAUUUCCCCAUAGGAAAGCAUUAAUCAAUGCUUUACUAUGGGGAAAAAUCUGAUGCUGGAGUCCUCAUGCAAAGGUCUGUUUCGAGUCUGGUAGACAGCCACUAUGGGCAGACUAAGAGCUGCAAUGUAAACAUUGCAGUGCUAUAGUUCAAAAGGGAUCCAGCACCCACACCACUUCAUUUAGAUGCCUCUGAGGUUGGCCACUGUUCUGUAUCGUAUGACAAUGAAUACAGUGUUGCUGUCCAAUUCAAAAUUUAAAUACCAUAUUAUUAUUAUUAUUAUUAUUAUUAUUAUUAUUAAAAAGUACCGUAUUUAUCGGCGUAUAACACGCACUUUUUCUCCCUGAAAAUAGGGGAGAAAUCGUUGGUGCGUGUUAUACGCCGGCCCUUUAAAUUCUGCAGCCGCCUGAGCGCUCUGUCAAGAGCGCUCAGGCGGCUGCAGUUGGUACUCACCUUCCCUGUAGCGUGGCCGAGCCGCUCUGCAGUCCGCGGUGGCCGGCCGGACUGAUAGGAAGGUGCACGCUCAGUGUGCACCUUCCUGUCAGUCCGACCGGGUACAGGAAACAAACUCUUGUUCCGCGCGGAACAGGAGUUUCUGUUUCCUGUACCCGGUCGGACUGACAGGAAGGUGCACACUGAGCAUGCACCUUCCUAUCACUCCGGCCGGCCGGCCACCACGGACAGCAGAGCGGCUCGGCCACGCUACAGGGGAGGGGGGAGUGGGGAGUAAGAGAGGGGGGGAGGGGAGUGGGGAGUAAGAGAGGGGAGGGGGCUAAGAAGAGGGAGGGGGGUAACAAGAGGGGAGGAGGGGUAAGAAAGGGGAGGGCUGGAAGAGGGAGGGGGGGGCAACAAGAGGUAAGAAGAGGGGGGAGUAAGAAAGGCAAGAGGGAGGGGGAGUAAGAAAGGGGGGUAAGAGGAAGGGGAGUAAGAAGAGGGGAGGGGGAGUAAGAAGGGUGUGGCAAGAGGGGGAGGGAAGCAAGAAGAGGGGGGAGGGGAGUAAGAAAGGGGGGGUAAGAAGAGGGGAGCAAGAAGGUGUGUAAGAGGGGAGAGAAGUAAGCAGUUGAGGGGAGGGGUAUAAGAAAAGGGGGGGUAAGAAGUUCUUUAUUUGAAAUUUCAAAGGGACACUUGGGCACCCAGACCACUUCAGCUUAAUGAAGUGGUCUGGGUGCCAGUCCCUCUGGUGAUUAACCUUUUUUUAUAAACAUAGCAGUUUCAGAGAAACUGCUAUGUUUAUACUGAGGGUUAAUCCAGCCUCCAGAGCCUCUAGUGGCUGUCUCAUUGACAGCCGCUAGAGGCGCUUGCGUGCUUCUCACUGUGAAAAUCACAGUGAGAGCACGCAAGCGUCCAUAGGAAAACAUUGUAAAUGCUUUCCUAUGCGACCGGCUGAAUGCGCGCGCGGCUCCUGCCGCGCAUUUGCAUUCAGCCGAUGACGUCGCGAGCAAGGAGGAGAGGAGAAAUACAGCUCCCCGCCCGGCGCUGGAGAAAGGUAAGUGUUUAACCCCUUCCUCUCUGCAGAGCCCGGCGGGAGGGGGUCCCUGAGGGUGUAUAACACGCACCUCAUUUUAAGAAGGAAAUUUCAGGGGGAAAAAACUUAAAGGACCACUGUAGUGCCAGGAAAACAUACUCGUUUUCCUGGCACUAUAGUGGUCCUUUAAGUUUUUUUUCCCUGAAAUUUCCUUCUUAAAAUGAGGUGCGUGUUAUACGCCGGUGCGUGUUAUACGCCGAUAAAUACGGUAAGUGCAAACGUUUUCUGCUGGGCAUAUUAUUGUUUAUAAUAUCUGUGCUUAUUCCAUAUAUCUGAAAUAAAAACAUAACUGAUUCCUACCUAUUUGUGCCAUUUCUAAAGAUAUGUUAGAAAAAGAGCAACGAGAUGCUCUGGAAUGUGAUUUGAUAGACCAUCCAGACACUGUGACCUGUGAGCGCCUGAAUGAAAUGUUGCACGUCUCCCUAAAAGAACGUUAUAGAAGACUAGAUGUGGAGACUCUGCUUCGUGGUGGAACUCAGGUAUACUUCCAAAAUAUACAUAGAAAUAAGAUAAAAGGGUUCAUUAACCCCUUAUGGACACAUGACAUGUGUGACAUGUCAUGAUUCCCUUUUAUUCCCGAAGUUUUGUCCUUAAGGGGUUAAAUGGACUCUAUAGUCACCAAAACAACUUUAGCUUAAUGAUGCAGUUUUGGUGUAUAGAUCAUGCCCCUGCGGUCUCACUGCUCAAUUCUCUGCCUGUUAGGAGUUAAAUUACUUUAUUUCUACUGCCCUUGUCACACCUCUCUGCAUGUGACUUGCACAGCUUUCCUAAACUCUACAUGUAAAGUGUCAUCUAAUUUACAUUUCCUUUAUUGCAAAUUCUCUUUACCCCUUGCUUAGUUAAUAGUCUACUAGAACCUAAAGGAGCCUCCUGUAUGUAAUUAAAGUUAAAUUUACAGAGCAGGAGAUAAAAACUUUAAAAAUAAAUUACAACUGAUUGAAAAUGUAACCAUUUUUUUCAUUCGGGCAGUGUCAGUUACAGCCUGACGAGGUGUGACUAGGGCGGCAUAAACAGAAACAAAAGUGAUUGAACUUCUAAAUGGCAGUGACGUGAGCAGAGAAUCUUGAGAGGCAUGAUCUAAACUGUUUUGGUGACUAUAGUGUCUCUUAAAACGGCCAGUUGUAGAUAGGUCAGUUAGGAAAAAUAACUCAACAAAGUUGUAUACUAUAUAGCUUAUUUACUGUUUAGUUAAACACACCAUGGAAAAUAUAAGUUUGUCCUUGCCUUGUUUACUUGACAGUGACUGAGGCAAGAACACUGAUAGCCGUUUCUAAUGAUUCUCACAAGCUAAUGCCUUUUAUUACAGAUUUCAUUGCAAACUUUGUCUGUGUCCAGGGCAGGAAUUUAUUUUCUUUUUUAAAACCAUACUACUCUAAAUAUAGUGACAAGAUUAUUUACUAAUGUCAGAAUCCUCAGAAAUUAAAAUCUGAGAUAAUUUAAAAUUUUAUACCAAAAUGGCUAAACUGGCAGCAUAGCUGACUUGGAGUCCUUUUCCAAUUCAGCUAUUUUCAGUUUACAUUUAAAAUUAUUUUGAAUUCCCAACGAUUCUCACUUUAGAAAAUAAAUCUAUUUUUGUUUACUAACCUGUAAGUACCUGCUUUAGUUUUAGGAAGUAGUAGGACUCCUUAGUUUACCUUUAACAAUGCACUAAUAAAUAGAUGAGAGAAAGUGUGACUUUUUACCUGUGUGUUUCUUCAAAAUCUUACAAAUUCUCAAGUAGAAAUACCAAAGAAUGUGGGACGGGUUGCAGUUAGUUAAUAGGGACUUUCCUAUUUUGCUGUUUGAUAUGUUUUUGUUGUUUUUUAUUUUAAUUUUUUUUACUAUUUCAUUUUUAGUAGUAAAAAAACAAAAAAGAAAAUAGUGUGGCGGCUAUUCCUGAGAUAUGGGUUUUAUUAAAAUUUCUCUAACAUCCAAUGGUGAAUAUACACUGAUCAGCCACAACAUUAAACCCACUGACAGGCGAAGUGAAUAACAUUGAUUAUAUCGUUACAAUGGCAUCUGUCAAGAGUUGGGAACAGUCAGUUCUUGAAUUUCAUGUGUUGGAAGAAGGAAAAAUGGGCAAACAAAAAGAUCUGAGUGACUUUGACAAUUGACAAAUUGUGAUGGCUAGACGACUGGAACAGAGCAUCUCCAAAACUGCAAGUCUUGUAGGGUGUUCCUAGUAUGUAGUGGUGAGUACCUACCAAAAGUGGUGCAAGAAAGGACAAUCGGUGAACCAGCGUCAGAGUCAUGGCACCAAAGGCUCAUGAAUGCACGUAGGGAGUGAAAACUAGUCUGCCUCAUCCGAUCACACUUAAGAGCUACUGUAAAUCAAAUUACUGAAAACAUAUUGCUGACCAUGAUAGAAAGGUGUCUGAACAAACAGUGCAUCACAGUUUGCUCUGUAUGGGGCUGCAUAGCCGCAGACCGGUCAAAGUGCCCAUGAUGAUCCCUGUCCACCGCCAAAAGCACCUUCAAUGGGGACAUGAGCAUCAGAACUGAACUGAAGCAAUGGAAGGAGGUUGCCUAGUCAGAUAAAUCAUGUUUUCAUUUAGAUCAGGUGGAUGGACAGGAGUGUGUGCAUCAUUUUCCUCGGGAAGAGAUGUCUGCAGGAUGCACUGUGGAAAGGCAGGACAGCGGAUGCAGUGUUGUUAUGUUCUGGGUACUGUUCUUCUGGAAGACCUUGGGUCUUGGCAUUCAUGUGGAUGUUACUUUGACAGGUACUAUCUACCAAGAGAUUGUUGGAGACCAUGUACACCCCUUCAUGGCAAUGGUGUUCACUGAUAGCAGUGGCCUUUUUUCACCUAAGAAUAAUGCACCCUGGCACACUGCAAACUUUCAGGAAUGGUUUAAGGAACAUGACAAAGAUUUGUGUAAGGUGUAACCUUCAUUGGUUAUAUACCAGGAAAGGACACGGGAAGCUUGUGAGAUUGCAGCAUUAGGCUUUACUUAUAUGGAUAAAACGCUAAGCAUUGAGAACACCAGCUGCUUGAAAAACAGCAGCCGUUAUACCCAAUUAAAAAGGUAGGAGCUAGAGAGAGCAAAACAGAACUUACUUCCUGUGAGUAGCCUAACAAGGUCACAGGGAUACAAAAACCGUAAGCUGAACUAAUCACCGCCAUCUACAGCUCAAGUUCUAUUCAUACACAUGGUACAGUACAUGAUGUUGUACUUCCCAUCAGCCUUGGCCUCCAAAUUCCCCUGAUCUCCGUGUGAUUGAGCAUAUGUGGGAUGUGCUGCAACAACAAAUCUGAUCCAUGGAGACUCCACAUAACAACUUGCAGGACUCAAAGGAUCUCAUGCUAAUAUCUUAGUGUCAGAGAAGACAGAACAUGUCAGGAGGUCUUGAGGAGUCCAUGCCUUGACGCAUCAGUGCUGUUUUGAUUGCACGAGGGGGGGCUACACUAUAUUAGGCAGGUGGUUUCAAUGUUGUGGCUGAUCAGUGUAUAUACUCAAUUUCUAAGUAAAUCAAUCCUUGAAAAGAAUACAUUACAUCUGCCUAAAACAUUCCCAAGUUGUCAAAAACCUUUAUUCAUUAAUAUGUAAAGUACAUUAUAUUGGGUAUUGAGUGUGAUGUCAAAAAUAGUUGAAUGGGGGAGCUAACAUACCACUCCAAUAAUAAUUACAAAAUCACAAAUGAAUAAUAGCAAGAUAGUACUAUAGAUUGUAUUACCAACGCUAUAGUGUUCAUUUAAAACCUAUUCCUAACACUACAGUACCCCUUGUCUCUAGUUAGAUUCAGGACCCCUCACUCUUCCGGUUAAAAACCCCAAAACUGUAAACAGAAGAUUUAUACUCACGCUUUUCAAGUGCAGAGACUCCCUCGGCACUACUCACCUCCCCGUCUGAUGCAACAUCAUCAAGGAGGCAUAGCUUCCUUGUCGCUGGUUUAAUCCAAUUAAUUGUUUACAAAGAAAAAAAAAAUGCAGUGCUUUUGGUGCUUACAGUAUUCCUUUAAUUCAUAGUGAAUGAGUUUGCUGCAGUGUCCUAACUAAUUAACUCAAGUUAACAAGGAGGGGCCCAAAUGCUGGAUAAUAAUAAUAUAUCAUUUUUAUUUAUGAGGUGUGAAAAAAAAAUAUACACGUAAAUAAUAUAAACUAUCAUGGGACUUAACAGUUUCCUUUUAAUGUAAUUAUUCAAAGUGAUCAAUAGUAUGUCAGGGUAUUUAUAUCGGCAAACAUCUUGUGCUAUGAUAGAAAUUAAAAGUGUAUAUUCUGAGUCACUCUGAACAGACCAGACCAGACUCCAUUUUGUUAUUUUCAAGUUAACAAAAAGACACAAGAUUUCUAUCUGUAAAACUAACCAUUUUUGCCAGAGCUAAAGGAAUGCAUAUUAUAAACAAACCAAAUGAUAAGCAGAAAGGGGGGUUGGAUAGGCUGUCUAAAAUGCUAAUGGAAUAUAAUCAAUUCUAAACCCAGACAUUUGUGACAGAGAAGAUUAAAUAAUUUAAUUUUACUGUCUAUAUGUGUAAGGUCCCAUUGUAAGUUACGGGUCAAAACUCAGAUUUGCAGACACAUAGUCUGGACAAAACUUAAAGAAACUGUUUUUAUCCGACAGCAAUCUAAGUUAUAGCAAAGAUAGAGAUAGGCCAAAAUUACUCAAAAUAGCCACCAGGAAAAGUUAACUCUUUCCUGGAUAGGUAUGUUUAGUGGGACAAGACUGCCCUCUAUAGACCAAAUACCUAAUUUGCGAUCUGGAAGAUAACCACACCUCUAGUGCUUCUAUUGGGUUAUCAACUGAUGACAUACAGAGAGUCUGGCCCUUUAAAAGUUAGGACAAAGGGAAGAUUGAGGGGAUGCAAAGGAGAAAGAAAAAGAGGAGAGAGGAAUUGGAAGUUUGGGGACUCCAACUCGGACAACAUCUGAGACUAACACUCUACUCUUAAAACUCUAACACUUAGAAUUUUACUGACUUUCUAACCAACACCACCUUUCACCAUAACUCAUGCACCUACAGACAUCCAAAUAAGUUCCUGAGACUAUCUACCAAUCGGAUGAAAUAUCUACUCAACUGGUAAUUAUACUGGUUUCAGUUAAUUAAUUAAAUUCAUUAAAAUGUAUUAAUAGCAUGAUAUAUGACUAGGAUAAAGCACGGUCAGAUUUCCAUAUUAAGAAAUCUUAGUUAACUAAAGAAUAUAUAGUUAUAAAAAUUCCAUUCUGCAGGUGGAAUUAAGAAUAAUUAUAUAUUAAUGUGAUAUUAUCACGUGUUAGCAUACUGCUGUUUUUAUCCAGGUGUAUUGAUUUGCUCUAAAUUAAGAUAAGAUAUCUUUUAGACAAAUUAAAAUUAAACUCUGCUUAUAUAAUGUGGUAGAUUCUCUUAUUGGAUGGUUCCAGGAAAUGACUAAUGAACUGGUUUAAGUGUUAUUUUAUUUAAAAUUACAUAAGAAUAGAUCUUAACUACCUAGGAGAUCUAGCCAGCAUUGAAAGGGUUAUUCUAACUGUUAGCCAGGGUUUUAUGGCCCUUCGCUGUGAAAAGUUUCACUUUCAGUCUGUGUUAAAGAUACCUCAUAAAUCAGAAGACUUGACAGAAAAUGCUGUUUAGCCGUUGAGACGUGUGUAGCCAUUUCUUUGUAUUGCAUACCAUUUUAUACUGGAUAUUCAUUGAUUAUUAUCACGCAUGUUACAUAUUAUUAUUAUUAAUUAAUUUGUUAUUAUAAAUAAAAUCUAUUUUUAUAACAUUGUGAUUAUUUAUAUGAAAUACUUCUCACUUAACACGAUAAACGUUAUUUGGGAUCUGAGAAUUGAAUUAGUGGGCAAUUCUCAACUGUUUACUAUUAUUAUCCCAUAAAUAUCCCCACAAGUAAUAUGUCAUUUUUGUCCACUAGACACCACCUUUAAGAUCUGUUAUAACUGCUCUCAAUAUUCUGGAGAAAUAUGGAAGGAACUUAUUGUCCCCUAAUCGUCCCAAGUUUUGGAGGAGUGUCAAGUUUAACAAUCCAGUAUUCAAAGCCCAGGUGGAUGCAGUUGAGGUAUGAGUGACAUUAUGUUUGCACAUUUUAACCGUUUGAUUAUAUGUAUAUAUCCAGCUAUUUAUUGUAUUUAUACAUACAUUAACCAACUCCUUUAAUCAUUGUUCACUUUGCAUAAUAGAAUAAAACACCAGAUGUUUACUGUAAAAAGAAACCAGUACAAUGCUACAGUUGUAUAUUAAAAAAAAAAAAAAAAGCCUGUCACAGAGCCUUCCCUUAUCCCCCUCCCCUUGCAUUUACAUUUCCCUGAUCUCUACCUGUGCUCUGCUAGACUGAAUAUAAAACGAACUUGUUUCUUUUCUUACUUAUAUGUUUAUGUAUGAAUCUAGGUACCAACUUUUACUGUCUUUUUCCAUUAGGGUGGACGUCUUGUUCUCUCCUUGUAUGGAUACUCGUGCUCUCUUCCUGAUGGUCUCAGCUUCCCAGAAAGUGUGAAGGAGCCAGACAUUCCUACUGUAGCUGCAGUAACUGCUGAUGUCAUUAUCCUCCAUCACGAACUCAACCUUCUCAUCUCGGUGAGGGCCUUACAGCUAUUUGGACUCAGAUUUCAAUGUGGAUUUUUGGUUUUAUGAUUCCAACCUAAAAUAAUUACAAAAUGCUUCAUUCAGCUACCUCCAUGUCACACUUUAAAAAAAUAUAAAAACAAAUGUAUCCAUGAUCAUCUGGUGCAUGCAGUCUUGUAAUCCUCAUUGUUGGAAAUAAGGAACUGAAUGCUAGCAAAGUUGCAAACCAUGCAGCCAUUUGACUUUUUAGGCUCUAGUUUUGAUGUGCCUGUACAUAAACUAUUCUUCAUAGAUGUAUAUUUCUAAAGUAAACAAUUAAGACAAAAUCCAUUACAUCUAUAACAUCCUUCAAGAUAGGCGACCUGCCAGGACUUCUAGAGCUUACAAUUAAAAUGGACAGUCCUAAUCCGUCUUACAAAGUUAAUUCCUACUGCAAACCCGGAGGGUCCAUGGUACACUUGCCUGGGCUAAAUUUGCACUUGCCAGUGGCUAGUGGAGACUAAGCAUUGUGAGCCCCGCUGUCAUGUUCUAGAAUUUGCCUACUCCUUUUGUUAGGUUAAACAAAGAACUCAAAGUCCUUAUUUGUUUGAAAUAUCUGACGUGGCAAGGUUUUAUUUUGUUUAGAACUCCCAUCCACGCCAGGUAGACGCAGCAAAGGAACUUUUGAAUGGAGGACUUCGACAGGUAUGAAGAGCUGAUUUUUUGUGAAAUGGCUUUGUCCUGUGUAAAUAAUGUGUUCUGUUUAAAAAAAAUAAAAAAAUAUUUCUCACAUAUUCUUGUUUCUAUAGCCUUCUCUUGUUCCAGAUUCAUCAGUUGCUUCUCAAAUUCCUCCUUCAGGUAAUCUAAAUCUGCCUAUGACAUUGACAUCCUUUCGUUGGCUUAUUAUAUGUUUUAGAUUUGUAUAUUUUUCUUUAUUUUAAAUGUGUACAAUAAGAAUAUCCAUUAUACUAGUUCUUUACAAGAGCAUACAACACAUGCAAUUUAAAAUAAACAGUAUUAUUUAUUAACAGGUUUAUUCGCUAAAGUUCGAAUGGACCUGUACUAAAUGGGGCAAAACCAUUUGUACUGGGCCAACUGGACUGUAAAAUCUGGACAGUGUCCACACUAUUUAACAAUGUCUGGAUAUUGUAGAGCAGGCUCCGAACAAGAUUGUAUUUGGUCUUGAUGUAAGCCACACUGAAAGCUGCAGACUGCUGAGAUCCAUAGCCUGAUUUUAAAAAUCCAAACUCUUUGCUCGUUGGCAGCGCUAACAUAGCUCCCUCCUGGUAUUAAAUGACCCCCAUCUGCCACAUGUGGGUGGGAGCUGGGGAAACGCUGAGCUUGUUUAUUUUAAUAAGUAACCUCCAUCAACUUACAACAGGCCAGGGGGGAUAUCCUAGUCAUUUUAUUUAAUAGCCCCAUCCCCAGGCCACAGGUGGAGGCACUGCUUGAAUAGUGAUCUUUUCACACACCAUUAUUUCAUUUAAAAAAUCCAAUUAACCCCUUAAUGACACAACUUCUGGAAUAAAAGGGAAUCAUGACGGAAUAUUUCCGUCAUGUGUCUUUAAGGGGUUAAUGCACACAGGUGAGAACACAGGGUGGACCUGGGACAGGUUUCCCCCAUUAUAAGACGUCCUAUCUGCAUGGCUGCUUACUGUAAAGUAGAUCUGCCCCCACCCAUAGCAUGGCAGGUGGGCCAGAAGGGAAAUUAUAAUUUUAAUAAAUAUAUUUAUUUUUUUCACUUAUUUAAUGUGGUGGCUGGCUAGCAUGAUUUACCGCCAAUGAUUUUUUUUAACUAUUUGCCUUCCAACUCCAAGCUCCAGUGGGCAAAUAAAACCUAAAAUUUCCCUUUGCUUGCAAUAAGCAAGUGAACAAUAAUUUGCAAUCAUGCAUCUUGCUUAAUGCAUUUGGUCCCAAUUUCAGUUUAAAACCGGUGCUUUGUAUAUAUUUUCGAAUGUGAAAGCACUAAUUUUCAACCAGACGCCAAAUGCAUUUGACAGAAUUCUGACUUGAAUUUGCGUUGGUAAAAAAAUUUCCAUUUUGGUUGAAAUUCUGCAAUUUGUUUUCUGAAUUUUGUCCAUUCAGACCAAAUCCUGUGUUUAGUGUACCCUGUUAAGUGAGAAUUGUCAGGAGUCAAAUUACAAUUUUAAAUUUUAGACCAAUAUAGCUUAACUAGAAGCAUAGCUUGCUUGGAGAAUUUUUCCAAUUCAGCUGUUUUGCCUUUAAAUUUGAAAUUCACUUUGAAUUCCUGACAAUUGUCACUUCAGUAAAUAACCCUGUGUGUUCAUAUAUAAACUUGAUUGUGCAGAACAACAAAAAAAGGGAGAGGAGGUGUUUCUUUUUUCUCUUUGUAAUUUUUCCAUUUCCCUUAUUCUUUCAAGCCUCAUCUUUUUAUUUUUUAACAUUCUCUCGUACUCAUUUUCUUUUCCCUUAUAUAAAAUUUAAAUCACCAGAAGUAUACAGUUCUCUGAAAGGGUUAUUCACUAAAGUGAGAAUUGUCAGGAAUUCAGAGUGAAUUUCAAAAUCAAAGGGAGCUUCCAGCUUGGCUACUUUGACAAUUUGUACGUUAAUGUUAGCCAAGAAUUUAUCUUACCCGAUAAUUGUGGAUAGGUAUGAGUACACUUUUUGGCGAAAGGGGAUAGAGAUGGAGGAAGGACUUUUUCAAGCCACCAAAAUAGAAUAGUGAAAUUGUAUCUUGAAAGGGGUCUUAGGAGGAUGAAUAUCUAAUAAAGCCACUUCAAUAGAGAUACAUAGUUUAACUUGCCUAAAUUUACUGGCCAAGGAAAGAGCUUUUAAGGAUCAGUCAUGUAUGACCAAAUAUAUUCUUUAAAGAAUCCCUUUCCAUACAGAAGUAGUUGUUAUGGUACAGUGAGUGUCCCUGUGCCCCCUUCCCCACUGUAAUUAGUCUCAAAUGUUUUAGUAUGGUUUAAAUUCUUACCUGUCUGCAGUGUGCUGCUCAAUGCCUCCUCUUAGCCAGAAGGAAAACGGGAAGCUCCUGAUCAGAAGCUUCCGUUGACUCUCCUGAGCUAAACCUUGCAAUGCAGGGCUAUCUCAUUGGCUCAGUGUGUCAGCAGAUGACUCAACCAAUGAGCGAAGUCAUGCACUGAAGAGAUUAGAAGCUAUCAGAGAAAUAGCUUCUGACUCUCCUGUAGGCUGCAGUGGAGGUGGAAAGUGGGGCUUGGCAGACCCCAGUUAAGAAAAUGCACUCCUGGUAUGAUAACCACUAUGUCAUUUUGUGAUUAUGGUGCUUGGCAUUUUCCUUUUCAUAGCAAAAUUUGAAAAACCUCAAAUUCAGGUGCUGGAUCCACUCUUUUACAUUACCUUUUUGUUAACUCUGUCACAAAUACAUGCUCUCAACGAGACUGACUUUUCUUUAUUAAAGGAGAUGUGAAAUAUUUCGUCUUCAUACCUUCUUUUUAUUUUUAUUUUCCUUAGUACCUGUCUCAACUGGAUGCUGUCUUUGUGGUGUGCCCACAGUUUCCGUGUGGUGCUCCUCAUGUAAUGACAUGUUGUGCACCUCGUGUGAUCACAGAGUACAUACACAUCCCAAUCGCGUACAUCACCAGCGUUCAUCUUGUGGCACAUCAGGAACACAGAGGUAAUACCUAUUUUCUGUAUAUUUGAGGACAUUGUGCUUAAAUGUUAUAACUGCAUUUAAAUGUUGCACAGAUUACACUUAGCGACUCUGUUGUUGCAAAUACAUUUAUACGUGUGUGUGUGUAUGUCUAAAUAUAUUUCUCCUCACUUUCUUAUUCUUACACUGUAUAUGUGGGACCCCUGGAAGAAUGAGAAUCUAGUUUUCUUCUUCUUCUUUUUAAUUUUUUUUCCACUCCACUUUUUUCCCCGAUUUUAAACACCUGUAUCACUGCUCAAGCUUAAAUUCUCUGUUUUGUGUUGUUGGAAAGGUUGUCUGAAUUCAGUUAAUCCAAUAAAAAGGUAUUACAAGGUUUAUACACACACAAUAUAUCACCAUACGUGUUUCAACCUUGUUGCUAAUAGGUACAUAACAUCCAACACAUAGUUAAGAAAUCUCUGUAAUCAAACAUUGGCAGUACAACGGGUCAUACUGAAGAGCUCAUUGACUGAAUAGCUACCUCGGUUAACUUUUAUUGAAAUUAUUGUGAAGUGGAAGUGUGCAGGAGGAAAAAAUAUGCUAUCACUUACUUCAGAGUUCCAUACUACCUCUGGAAGCAACAUCAGCACAAGAACUGUGUGUUAAUAGCUUAAUGAAAUUGGUUUCCAUGGCCAAGCAGAUAUAUGCAAGCCUCACAUCAACAUGUGCAAUGCCAAGUGUAGGCUGGAGUGGUGUAAAACUCACUGCCACUGGACUCUGGAGCAGUGGAAACAUGUUCACUUGGGUCUGUUGGAAGAUUCUGCUUGUGCUUCAUGCCAGAGUGCAUACUGCCUGCUAUGAUAACGGUCUGGGGUUGUGUACUAGGAUUUGCCCUAGGUCCCUUUGUUCCAGUGAAGGGUCAUUUUAAUGCUCCAGGAUACAAAGGAAAUUCUUUAUUUUUAACUUUGUGGCAUCAGUUUGGGAAAGGCCCUCUCUUGUUCCAGCAUGCUUUCCCCCUGUGCAAGUAAGGUGCAUGAAGACAUGCUUUAAGAGUUUGGAACGCGAGUGUCCUGCCCUGACCUGAACCAGAAUGGAGACCUUUAGGAUUAACUGGAACACCGACUGUGAACGAGAUCCUCUAAUCCCACAGAUGCUCUUUUUAAAGAAUGGGCACAAAUUCCUACAGUUACAAUCUUUUUGUCUAUCAGUAUACAAAUGUUACAUAUCCUUAGGCUUAAUUCUUCUAUACAGAUAUGAUAUAGAUAAGUACAUUCCAAACAAACAGUACACUAUUAAGAGAGAGAAAUUAAUAAAAUAAUAAUGUUUGUUUGACACUUAUGUAUAUAUGUCAUAAUCUUUUGUUUUACUUAAAGGGACACUAUAGUCACCAGAACAACUACAGCUUAUUGAAUUUGUUCUGGUGAGUAGAAUCAUUACAUUCAGGCCUUUUCAGAGAAAAUGCAGUGUUUACAUUAUAGCCUAGUGAUAACUUCACUGGCUACUCCUCAGAUGUCUGUUAGAGAUCAUGCCUGGGUCAUGGCUGCCUAAAUUACAUCCAAACAUUCAGUGUCUCCAGGCUUUUUGCAGUAAACAUUGUCUUUGCAGAGAAAAAACUCCACUGGCCACUCCUUAGAUGGCUGCUAGAGGUGCUUCCUAGGGCAGUACUGCCUAGUGUGCAACACUGCCAUCAGUGUCUCCACCCUCUGCAUGCAGACACUAAACUUUCCUCAUUGAGAGUCAUUGAUUCAAUUCAUCUCUAUGAGGAGAUGCUGAUUGGCCAGGGCUGUGUUUGAAUAAUGCUGGCUCUGCCCCUGAUCUGCCUCUUUGUCAGUCUCAGCCAAUCCUAUGGGGAAGCACUGUGAUUGGAUCAGGCUACCACUUCUCAUGAUGUCAGCAGACUGUUGUUUUUAUGAGUCUAACAGCAUGCAGAGUUACAGCUUCAGGCUUGAAUACAGUAAGAUUUUUACUAUAUUUAUGGAGGCAUGAGGUGUCCAGGGGGGCUAGAUGGUGGUGUUAACACUAUAGGGUCAGGGUUUGUGUUCCUGACCCUAUAGCGAUCAUUUAAGACAUUUUUAUGUUCUCUAAGGGCAGCAUUUUGGCUAUAUUAUUUACAGAGAGGUCCGGAUAAAACUCUGUCUUUUAUAAGAGCAUAUAACCAAGAAUUGUAGCAUGACAAAGCAACAAAGAAAGAGCACCAAGGAAAAGUAUAACUACAUUUAAGAAGAUCUCUUUAUAGUUUGCAAUGCUGUAAGAACAUUUGAUUUGCACAGCAAAGCCAAUAAUAUAGGCAAGAGAUCUAAACAAACGUUAUUUGUAAAUGCUGACUUCUGUAUUUGUUUAACAAUCAUAAUGGUGUCUGUUAAUUUAGACAACUAGCUUGGGGUGUUAUUGACAUGUUUUAUCAUGUUUUAGGUCUCCAGGGCAUGUUUCAGUGCCAGUUUCAGCUUCUCGUCCACUAUGGCAGUGUGCCACUUGCCAUAAUCUAAACCGUGGGGUAUCAGUGCUUUGUGUUGGAUGUGAACGUCCACGUGGCUGUGCAAGUAGCCCGUCUAGUCCUUCAUUAGGGAGUUCAUUAAAGAGAGACAGCUGGGUGUGUAUGGCUUGCACUCUGCAAAAUGAUUCCUCUGCUGUGCUGUGUGCUGUAUGUGAACGACCAAGACUAGCCAGCAGGCCAUCAAGAGACAACCAGGAGGCCUCUCCUAUUUCCUUAAUAGAUUGCCAUGAGUCCCAAAUGAUUUCGCAAGUGGGCUCUGGUAAAGGUUCAAUUUUCCCUGACUGCAGCAUCCAAAAGCAUAUGCAAUGCUACGACAUAGGAAGUCAUAAGAUUUCAGAAAAGCAGGCCACUGAUCUACCAAUGCAUAUCCAAAAUGAGACAGGGGGCUCUCUGGAAAGCAUCAGUCCACUUAAAGAUGAUAAGGGGGAGGAUAGUCACAUUAAUGUGCAGGUAAUGUAUUAUAUUAGUUUACUCCUGUUUUGUUUGUUGUGUGUGUUUUUUUUUUGUUUUUUUAUUUUUUUAUUUCUUUGUAUAUUUUUGCUCUCUGACAUUGAUAUGAUCACCAGGGCUGGCAGUGCUCCCAUUGUACAUUCUAUAAUAUUAAAAGUGGACGGGUUUGUGAAAUGUGCGAUAGGACCAGCGAAUGUGCUGCAGUUUCAGAGGUUCAACAAACUGAGGAUACACAGAAACUCUCAUGUUACCAGGAGGAAAUCAGAAAGAAGAAAUUGAGUGAGGAUGGAGCAAAAUUAGUGGCGCUUAUAAGGGUAAGUGGCAUGUUUUACGUCAAACAAAUGGUAUAAGUGCAGAAUUUGGAUUUCUAGAGGACACACAGGAACUUUUUGGGUGUUGCUUACAAACCGUUCUGCCUCUUGUAUUUAGAAAUUGGUCUAUGUCCAUUCCAUUUCCAUCUAAUGAGCAGUCGCUCAAGGCUCUUCUGGAAUUGCCAAUAAUCUGUAGUACUACAAAUUCAGUGACAAAAAAAAACCCCUGCAUUAUUAUUAUUAUAAUUGCCAUUUAUAUAGCGCCAACAGAUUUGUAGCGCUUUACAAUAUUAUUAGAGGUGGGGAUUUAACUAUAAAUAGGACAAUUACAAGAAAACUUACAGAAACGAUAGGAUGAAGAGGGCCCUGCUCAAACGGGGUUACAGUCUGUAGGGCGAGCUUACAGUCUACAUAAUCUACUAUCAUUAAUUGUGCAAGUUUUAGACUCAUUUUAUGGCUCAAUUUAGACAUUUUCAGACCUUCACACAGACCAGCAGUAACUCUCCCUCUGUUAAAUGAUUGUAUAGCAUCAUAAUUGCACAGAUGUUUAUUUUCUAAACCUCAUAUUGUGAACCUGUGUUGCCUUUAUAUAUAUAUAUAUAUAAUAUGCCUAUUAUGUUCUGUGGCUUAGUACUUGUUUACACAGCAUCUUAAAAUGAUGCAUAACAUGGUCAUUUAAAAUGUAAAAAAAAACACUAACUCUUGAUGCUUGCAGGAAGGGGAGAGAAGCUGGGUCUCCCCUGAGGAAAUAUGCAGUGCAGUGCGAUACUCUGGUACAGAGGUGCCUCUACGGUGGCUUCAAACUGAACUCCCCUAUGUGGUUGAACAUGUUAUUGAUGCAGCAUCGCAGAGGGCUGGAACGGAGAUUGGCAUUUUAACUCCGGAUGAAGCACGCAUCGCCUGGAUUUCAAGUGGUGGAGAAAUGGAAGAUGCUGUGACAUUCUGUGUGGCUGAAAGAAGGAGCAAGGUACUUUGACAAAUAGAGAAAUACAUUAAAUUGCAUGGGUAUGAAAUGUAUCUAUUUUGUUAUCUGCAAGAGGACAGUGCUUUUUGUUAUGGCUGUGCUAGUAAGGGGCUCUUUUCAAGUUCUGGUUUUGUUAGUGGUACAAUUCUUCUAUUUUUACUUAACUUUUUUGAUUUUGUUCCACAGGUGGAGGAACUGCGCACUCUAGGUUUUACAGAUCGAGAUAUGGUGGUAGCUGCUCUCUUUGAGAGUGCUGGGGACGUGGGGAAAGCACUCUGUAUAUUGCAAAGACCCCUUCUAGAGCCCUUCCUCAUACGCAUGUGGGAAGAGCCGCAGCCAGCUAUUAAUGUGUUCUCAGCAGACAGGCAGGUACGUUUCAUAAUGUUUUGCAAAUUGUCAUUGAUUGUUGAGCAGUUGUUGUGUGUGUGUGUGUGUAAUGUACAGAUGAGUAUAUGUACUUUCCUAGGCUGUUCUCCGUCGAUUACUCGCGGAGCAUUCUUUGCAUAGUUGGGGUCGUGCGGAGCUGGCUCUGCAGCUACUUCAAGAGGGAGAAGGCCGUUAUGAUCUCCAGGAUGUUGUGGAGGCAGUGAAAGAGUCACAGGACCGUGACUUUAUCAAGAGGAUGCUAACACAGGAGUGUGCAGUGUGUGCUUGGGAAUUCCCUCGAAACAAGGUAACCCUGUACUGCUUCAUGCAACUUCCUGAGUGAUAACUGUUCUAAAAUAGAACCUUCUCUGAGGGGAUUCUGACAUGAAAUCAAAACUAAUAGGAUCACGGCAGUGACCACGUUUUGCUUCAAAUAUAGAACCUUUGUACAGUCUUUUAUGUGUUGAUAAAAGGCUCGUUAGUUGAGCCGAUACAUUGUCACUACUGUGAACCUAAUAACAUCUGCUUGCAUUCAACUUGCAUGCUUGGACUGUUGUGUGCAUUUGCUGAAAAUUUGUGUUUUGCUCUCCAGGUUUGUUGGAGCACCUUAGUUACGCAUUUAUAUUUACAUGUACAGUACACUUUGUGUGCUUAAAGCAAUAACAUAAUGUCUAAUCCCCUAAAUGAUCAAAAUAAAUCUUAACUCACAAGUUAAAUCCCGCAUGAUAGUAUAUAACAAAUUAAAAUGAGGCUUAUGAAACCUCAGGAGACCGUUUUGUUUGUUUUUUAUGCAUUCGUUAAUACUAAGCCUUGUGUAUUACACAGUAAUGAACAAAUUUGCUGGAGUUAGUUAUGCCGUAUGCAGAAUAAACACAAUAUAAAUCAAGAGGUGGACCUUGAUACUUAGGAGAGGCAUCUGCAGGUUCCACAGCUGCUUGUAACAUGACAAAAGAAGUCUGACUUCAGAUUAAAAAAAAUAUGCUUUGAUCUCCUUGAAAUGUAAUACCUUUACAUAUGUACAGUGAGGGGAGCCCUGGAUAACUCUUAACACUUUUCGUGUCUUAACGGCACUUUAAUAAUCUUGUUUAUUACUCUGUAACGUUCAAAUUGUUUGCCUGCAUGCUUAUUAUACACAUUUCAAUAAACUUAGAAUAACUCACCAUGAGGAUAUAGUUUUCCUGCCAACUUCUAUACUGCAGAUGAAUCAUUUGGGCCCUUAUCUUGGAUUGAUGGUUAUACCCUAUUUUAAAAACACUUUUGUAAUAAUUUAUGUCUGUGCACCGUUUAUCAAGGGAUGUACUUUUCAUUUAUGAUAUUUUGUCUGUUAAAUUGUGCUGUUUCACCUGGUUUCUUGUUUACAAGGCCCUCAAUUAUUAAAGGACCACUCUAGGCACCCAGACUACUUCAGCUUAAUGAAGUGGUCUGGGUGCCAGGUCCAGCUAGGGUUAACCCAUUUUUUUAUAAACAUAGCAGUUUAAGAGAAACUUCUAUGUUUAUAAAUGGGUUAAUCCAGCCUCUAAAGCCUCUAGUGGCUGUCUCAUUGACAGCCGCUAGAGGCGUUUGCGUGCUUUUCACUGUGAAAAUCACAGUGAGAAGACGCACGCGUCCAUAGGAAAGCAUUAUGAACGCUUUCCUAUGGACUGGCUGAAUGCGCGCGCAGCUCCUGCCGCGCAUGCGCAUUCAGCCGAAAAGGAGGAUCGGAGGCGGAGAGGAGGAGGAGUGCUCCCCGCCCAGCGCUGGAGAAAGGUGAGUGUUUAACCCCUUCCUCUCCCCAGAGCCCUGUGGGAGGGGGAUCCUGAGGGUGGGGGCACCCUCAGGGCACUAUAGUGCCAGGAAAACGAGUAUGUUUUCCUGGCACUAUAGUGGUCCUUUAACUCAACAAUUCAGCAAAAAAACAUAUGGAAGUUUUUUUGUCUCUUCUGCCCAAUGUAUAUAACAGGCCUCUUAAAUGUAUAUCUUUGUUAUGUUGUCAUACACUUGCUUUUAAAACAUGUAGACCAAGUCCCCUUGGGAACGUUUUUUCUCUUUUUCUGCUAUGACUGCAGGUUUAUUUAUCUAUUUCCCCCCCCCUCCUCCCUCCUACAGAUGCGCUCUUUAACCUCAUGUGAGUGCUGCAUUUGCCCAGAUUGUUUCCGGACACAUUUCACUGUUGCCAUCAAAGAGAAACACAUCAGGGACAUGGUGUGCCCUGCAUGUGAGGAACCAGAAAUUAGUGAUGAGGGUGAACUCUUGCAUUACUUUUCUACUCUUGAUAUAUUGGUAAGUCUUUUAAUAUAAAUAUAGACAAGUUGAAAAAUUUGAUGACUUGACAUGCAUGCUAUGGUUUUUAGAAUCUCCUUUGUCAAGUUUAAUAGGACUUGUUACUGCCCUGUCCGCAGCAGGAUUUCCCAUUCCCUGCAUGCUAGCAAAAAAUAACUCCCAUUUCAAGUUAUGGGAUUCUCAUCUGCCAGUUUGUUAGCAGUUAGCUUUUGAGUAAUGUUUUUAUCUCAUUUUUUUUCUCAGAAUGUUGGUCAUAUGCAGGUCAGCUGUACAGGACGCUGGCACUGUAGGAAAACACCUGUGGGUCGCUAUUUGCCUUGUUCCCACCACAUCUAGUUAUCUGCGGUUUAAUUUUUUUAAAUUUCUUCCUUUUUUCUAUUAAGCAAAUGUACAUAGUUUACAGAGUACUUUUUAGGAAGUCCAAAAAAAGCAUUGUGUGGUUAUGACUAAUACUGAUCUGUAUUUGAGAAGUAAUCUCGAUUGUAAAUCAGCUUUGAAAGGACUCAUCACUGAGGUGUUUUUUUUUGAGGGGUGAGGGGGUUUGAGGGAUAACACAAUGGCUGAACUUCCUGUCUAGCUUGUAAUUAUGGCUUUGUUUAGAAUAUUUUCCUACUCCUGAGAUAAAUGAUAUAAUUACUGCCUUGUGGGCACACCCAUGGGUUUAUGGUGGCAUGUCAGGGAUGCUGUUGUGUAUGAGUUUACAUCUGUGUGUGAUAUGUCUGAGAAAAUUGACUCAUUUAGUACAAUUUAUUUAAUCGCCAAUUACCCUUGCCUCUAAACUGAAACUCUAAACAUUCUAGAAGCACCAGAUCGGACAUGUAGCAUCCUUUAUGUCACAGAUCUUUAAUUGUGAGCACAAGCUACUGUGUACAAUACACAAGAGACAGAAAGGUUGCUAUGAUCUGUAUUUGAGAAGUACACAGACAUCACAUAAGUUAUUUUUUUAUAUCCAUAUUUCCUAACCAUUAACUAAGAUCUAGAUUAACUUACCCUGUAGUCACAACAAAUUGAUGACAACAAUUUUUUAGUUUUGCAGUUAUGUUGGUUUGCACUCUUUAGUUAAAGGUCUGGUAAUUUGAAGUUAGCUGCUGCCUUCUAGUUCUAGGGCAGUGAUCCCUCAAGUCUUAUGGCAUGAUUAUAUAUUGCUGGUUAGUUAGAGAGUGAUCACCUGACUAUUAUUGGCUCAACAUCUGCAUGAGUGACGAAUUGAUGCACGUCUGUCCUUGCUUCUACAUACCCAACCAGGGCUGUGCUAUAUGUAGUAGCCCUUCAUAUAUUCUACAGUUGUGCUCUUCUUAUUGCUGUCGGGCAUCCUAGUGUGUUGGCCCAACACAAUAAGGCCUGCUACUCCAAUGAAGUUUAAUAGCACUAUUAUAAUGCUGUGACCUCAAAUUACAUGACACUAGUAAGUACAGUAUCAUAUAAUCUAUAGGUUUGGGUUAUAGGGCAAACCCAAGCUUUGGAGGGUUUUGUUAGGAUACACAAUUAAAAGUCACAAUUUAACUUUUCAUGUGUUCCAGUUACGAGACACACUCGAGGUCGAUGCCUAUAAUUUAUUCCAUAAAAAGCUGACUGAGAGAACACUAAUGAAGGAUCCCAAGUUUCUGUGGUGUACUCAUGUGAGUAAUUGGUUUAAUGUGCUGUAUAUUGUCAUUGCUAUCUUUUUAUUAUUAAUUUAUAAUUUUUUAAAAUACAUUUUACAUGGUGUUUUUGUAAAUACUGACUUAUUCACAUAUUCCCUGAAUAAAUAAUCCUCUAUAUGCAUGUCCUUUUUUGGUUGUAUUUUACAACCACCUUUUUUCAUCUUACUAUAUAUAUUUAUCUUUUCAGUGCUCCUUUGGGUUUAUUUAUGAAAGAGAUCAGCUGGAUGUCAAGUGCCCCCAAUGCGAAUGUAGCUUCUGCAGGAACUGCAAGCGACCGGUACGUUGGGUUGAUAUGGGUGGCAUAAUGACAAAAGUCAGGUUAAAAUACUGCUGUUAUGUGAAAGAGGUAUGAUUAAUAACUUACAUAUUUAUUUCUCCCUUCCAAGGUAUAUGUGUUACUUGACUGUAUGUUGUAUUAAUGAUUAAGGCCUCACGGCCAAAACAUUCUUUUCUUUUUUAUGUCCUUUUGAUACAAAAAAAUAAAAAUUUUGCCUUCACCCUACAUUAUAGACUUCUAUUUUUAAGUUGUUCCUGGUGGGUGGCGGAUCCCCUUCCACAGAGCUCCAACAUUUUAUGCGACUUGUUUGCAGCACUCCAUCUACUUUAAGCAUACAAAUGUAUUGGAAACCAUGAGCGGAUAUAUUGAAGUCAAUAUAGGUCAAGGUUUGGCAUUAUAGGUAGACAUUCAAAGGUUAGGGAUUGUUGUCACAAGGAAGAACAACAAUAAUGCUUAAGAGUUCUGUAAACUCACUUAAACUGAUUGUUUCUGGGAGGCAGCAAGCUGCCCCCCUGGAAGAGCACAUCUACCAUUCUGCUAACAUGUCCAGCAGUGCCAGAUUAAGAGUCCAGUGGGCCUGGUGCUGACAGUUAUGAUGGGCCUAAUUACAGAAUCUUAUGGCCCAAAACCACUAAAACAAUCAUACCUCCCAAGCGUCAUGUAUCUGAUGGAGAUGGUGUUGGAGGGAAACUCAAAGGAUGCAGCUAUACGAAAAAAACACAUACCCUAUGCUAAUCUCUCUCUAAUUUAUGCUUUCCUCUUUCAAGUAAAUCCAUACCCCCUAACAGCAGUGUCCAGUGAAGCAGAAAGUCAAUGGGUGGGGUAAAAGGGUGGGCCACUGACGCAAAUCACGUGACCAGAACUGCCAAAGUGGCUAACAUGCCCAAAAAGGGGGCAUGCCAAAUAAUUGGAAGGCCAGCCGGGCAUGACUGCAUGUCAGGCUGCCUGCCAAUUAUGCAGGCUGUCCAACUAAUGGCAUACUAUGCAGGCAGCACCUUAAGCUUGACAUAAAUGUAUCAAAUGAUGGGCCUACUCCACGCGUUCUAAGGACUGUCCCCAUAGCACUCACAUGUCCACUUGUCUCCUUACCUUCUUACUAGCAGGCAGAAGUUCCUGAUAUAUAGUCUGGGACAGAGAAAAGGUGUAUAUAGUGAGUGUAGAAGAAAAGGGACAUAGGGACAUGUGUCUGUGUCCCCGUGUCUCCCAGUGUCUCACUGUCACCUAGUGUCUGUGUCCCCAUGUCUCCCUGCUGCCCUUCCCCCCCAUCCCUCACUUACCUGAGCUGUAGAGCUGCUGUCUGUACUCUCUGUGUUGUGUAGCUGCUCCCCCAUUAAUCAGUGAGUAGUAGAGAGAGGCAGGGAGAUGCUGUAACUUCCUAUCCCUGCCUCUCUCCACACACAGUGACCUCUACUGGCCGGUGUUGGUAUUGCAGAGUAAUCUCAGUUUUCUGCUGCGAAAAAUACCUGCAUUUGUAUUGCCAGUAUUACUGCAAUACCGGCACGGGCAGACAUCCUCAAAUACCAGCUGUGACCGUAAAAUACCAGUCAGGUGGCAAACCUAAGAAUAGUGUGUUAAAUGUGUUUUUUUUUAAAUGGCCUAUUCUAUUUGCCUGUGCCUGGAGCUACAGCUACAGCUCCAUCAGCCCCUAUGUUAAUCCGGCCCUGAUGUCCAGAUGCUAAUUGUGUUUUUGAUGAAAUAUAAUGUAUCAUGCCCAGUGAGAAGUGAGUACUGAGCAAUGAACAACAUUCUUUUGAAAUUAUUGGUAUUCAUGUUUAUGUAUCACAUAAUAUCUUAAUGCUUUACCUCAUCCAUAAUGCUUAACCAUGAAGCUGUAACCCUUAUACUAAAUUCCAAUUCCAACAUUUCUAAGUCCUAACCCAUUAAAAAGAUAUUUCACUCAAAUAAUAUAAUUUGACAUUCACAUCUGCCAAAAUAUAAUGUAUUUCUCAUUUAAUUUAUUUAUCAUGUGCUCUACUUUAUCUUAUACUUUGGGACUUCUUUUUAUGCCCUCGUUGCUAUUGCUUGUGGUGACUUUUAAUGCUAUGACUGGAUUCCUGCCUCCAAUUGCUUUCACAAUGGAAACUGCAUAGCCCAGUUUCAGCUUUUUUCUUUCUGAUCACUUCGUUGUCUUACCGAUCAACUUUUCAUUCCUUACACUAUCUCAUCAUGCAGUGGGAGGAACAGCAUCGCUCUUUAAGCUGUGAAGAUUUUCAGAAUUGGAAGAGAGAAAAUGAUGCUGAAUAUCAGGCCCAAGGGCUGGCUGUAUACCUGCAAGAGAAUGGAAUCAGUACGUAUUUGUGACAUGUGAUGUUACUACUUACCAAUAUUCAUAGUUUCAUACAGAUUAAUGUCUUCUGUUAAUACCCCCCUUCCCCCCUGCUAGAGUAGAGCAACUUGUAAAUCUUGGACAAACAACAUAGAAACCUUUCUAAAAUAUUUUAAAGGUACACUAUAGUCACCAGAACAACUACAGCUUAUUGUAUUUGUUCUGGUGAGUAUUCAAUACAUCUCUAUGAGGAUAUGCUAAUUGGCCAGGGCUGUGUUUUGGCAUGUGCUGGCUCUGCCCCGAUCUGUCUUGUGGGCAAUCUCUGCCAAUCCAAUGGGAAAGCAUUGUGAUUGGCUCAGAACACAACUUUUGAUAAUGUCAGCCAAAGAGGCAGAUCAGGGGCAGAGCCAGCAGCAGCAGCAGCAGACUAGAAUAAAGGUAAGAUUUUACUAUAUUUUUAGGGGCGAGGUGGCAGGGGGGCUAGAUGGUGUUUUUAACACUAUAGGUUCAGGAAUACAUAUGUGUUCCUGACUCUAUAGUGUUUCUUUAAUACAAACUGCAAUGCUAAGCCAAUUUGAAUGAAGUGGUCAAGUUUAACCCCUUCGACCGGCAAAUAACGGCUAUUAAUGACCGCGGAUGUACCCCGCACGUCCGCAGCUAAAAUUACCUGGGUACUCACCUGGACCGGCAAUCCCGGUCCAGGGGGACUGCCCGAGAUCCCAGCAGUCCCACUGCUGCAGCUCCGUCCUCUACGGCCCUCCAGAGCCAUGUGAUCACCAUGAUCACAUGGCCGCAAUGGAAGUCUAUUGAGCUGCCAGCAGGGGGACUGUCUAACCAGUCAGGCAGUUCUCCAGACACCUAAAAUAUAAAUAAAUAUAUUAUACAUAUAUUAUAUAUGUAUACUAUAUUAUAAAAUAAUUAAUAAAUAAAUUAAUACAUAUAUAAUGCAUACAAUAUAUAUAUAUAUAUAUAUACACAUAUAUCUCAAAAUACUUAGAAUGUAAUCAUAUAUAUGUAUAAUAUAUUAUAAAAUGUUUUAAUUAUUUUAUUAUAUACACACACAUUCUACAGUGAUUUGGAAAGUUACAGGGUCAAACAUAAGAUUAGCCAAUUUCUAUUUUUGUAAAUUGCAAUUUGCCAGAUUGGCUUUGUUGCCUUUGAGACGGUAUAGCAGCCUAGAAAUUAAAAUUAACCUUACCAUGAAAUACCAUUUGAAAAAAUAGACAACCCAGGGUAUUUAAAAUGGGGUAUAUCCAGUCUUUUGUAGUAGCCACUUAGUCACAAACCCUGGCCAAUGCUAGCAUUUAUAUUUGUUUGUGUGUGAAAAGUGCAAAAAAAGAAUAUGAACGCUAACUUUGGCCAGUGUUUCUGACGAAGUGGCUACUAGAAAAAAACUGGACAUACCAUAUUUGCAAUAUUUUGGGUUGCCUACUUUUACAAAAGGUAUGCCAUCAUGGGGGUAAUUCUUAUUCCUGGGCUAGCAUACCAUCUCAAAGGCAACAUAACCAAUUUGGCAAAUUUCAAUAUAAAAAAUGGAAUGGGCAAGCCUUAUAUUUGACCCUGCAACCUUCAAAAACACUAUAAAACCAAUACAUGGGGGGGUACUGUUAUACUCUGGAGACUUCGCUGAAUACAAAUAGGAGUUUUUCAAAACAGUAAAACUUAUCACGACUAUGAUAUCACCAGUAAAAGUGCAGAUUUGGUUUUUAAAAAAUGCAAAAAAUAAAUGUAAAAAUGCUAACUUUGGCCAGUGUUUGUGACUAAGUGGCUACUACGAAAGACUGGACAUAUUGCAUUUUGCAAUGCCCUGGGUUGUCUACAUUUGCAAAUAGUUUGCCAUCAUCGGGGUAAUUCUUAUUCCUGGGCUACCAUGUGGUCUCAAAGGCAACAUAACCAAUUUGUCAAAUUUCAACGAAAUAAAUUAAAUGGGCAAGCCUUAUAUUUGAACCUGUAACUUUCAAAAACAUUGUAAACUAGUACAUGGGGGUACUGUUAUACUCAGGAGACUUCGCUGCCCACAAAUAUGAGUGUUUCAAAACAGUAAACGUAUCACAUCAAUGAUAUUGUCAGUGAAAGUGCCGUUUGUGUGUGAAAAAUGCAAAAACCUUUACUUUCACUGACAAUAUAAUUGCUGUGAUUUGUUUUAUGGUUUUGAAACACUAAUAUUUGUGUUCAUCAAAGUCACCCGAGGAUAACAGUAUCCCCCAUGUACUGGUUUUAUAGUGUUUUUGAAAGUUACAGGGUCAAAUAUAAGGCUUGCCCAUUUAAUUUUUUUCAUUGAAAUUUGCCAAAUUGGUUAUGUUGCCUUUAAGACCAUAUGAUAGCCCAGGAAUAAGAAUUACCCCCAUGAUGGCAUACCAUUUGCAAAAGUAGACAACCCAAGGUAUUGCAAUUAGGGUAUGUCCAGUUUUUUUCUAGUAGCCACUUAGUCACAAAAACACUGGCCAAAGUUAGCGUUCAUAUUAGUUUUUUGCAUUUUCCACACACAAACAAAUAUAAAUGCUAACUUUGGCCAGUGUGACUAAGUGGCUACUACAAAACACUGGACAUAUACCCCAUUUUGAAUACCUUGGACUGUCUACGUUUUCAAAUGAUAUGUCAUGGUGGGGUUUAUUUUCAUUUCUGGGCUGCCAUACCGUCUCAAAGGCAACAUAGCCAAUCUGGCAAAUAGCAAUUUACAAAAAAUGAAAUUGGCAAAUCUUAUGUUUGACCCUUUAACAUUCCAAAUCACCAUAAAACAUGUACUUGAGAGGGGUACUGUUGUACUCAUGAGACAUUAAUUACUCUACACCAGGCAUCGGCAACCUUCGGCACUCCAGAUGUUUUGGACUACACCUCCCAUGAUGCUUUGCCAGCAUUAUGGGAGAUGUAGUCCACAACAUCUGGAGUGCCAAAGGUUGCCUAUCCCUGCUCUACACAAAUAUGAGUGUUUUAGAGCAAUAAAAUGUAUUAUACUGGUAUCAUCAGUGAUGUUAAGACCUGCAGUGGUUAUGGUACUGCAGUCUUUUAUUCCUUUCCCAAUAGCUGAGCAUAAGUGAUUAUAACUGCAGUUAGGAUGUAGAGGAAUAGCGUAGAUGAAUGCAGCUUCCAAGACGAUUCUCCCCAGCAAGUAGAAUAUUCCCAAAGCAUGAGCCUAGACUUCAUGAAGGGUGUAACAGGAAUAACUUGUAUUGAUGCCACACUGGCUUUUAUGAGAAUCCUCCUGCAAGAGGACCUCCCACAGUAAACAAAGACAAUAUCCAAUCAGCAUACAGAUUUACAGUAACACCCUCCCUCUCUCUGCCUGGGAGAUAUUGAGAUAAGUUAAGGAAUAACCCAAUUAUCUCCAGGCAGAGGGCACACAAUUUUCCCAAAAAUUAGAACACCCCUUUAUACAACAGGUAUCCCCACAAAUUAAAAUUUCACCCAGAUCGGUUCAGGGGUUCUCAAAAAGUAUGGAAGUCAUAAGCUACCGACCACACACGAGGCUCCUGCCCAAAACAGUUCCACGAAUUCAGCAUGUGCGGUCGGUCAAAUCAGAAAAUGGCAUAAAACGAAUAACGUCCCAAAUGGAUCCUCCUGGCUCAUAGGAGCGAUUGCUCCCCUUGUUCGUAUGAACCAAACUACCGAAUGGCGCUCUCCUGGCUGUUCGGCAACUAAAGGAAGCAGACGUUCGUAUGUUUCAGCGGUGGUUCGGGAAGUCGAGUGUCCGAUUUUUAGUUCCAAACACUCGAUGAUCAAGUCCCGCUGCCUCCUUUCAUGCAAACAAGAUGGCCGCCGUUUUCAGUUCCACGUGGCAUUCGGCUAUACAAACGGCGGCCGCCCAGAGAGCGCUUAAUAGACGGUUCUAUUUGAAGUUAAUGAGCCAGGAGGGUGGUCGGUGUUCGGUAGUUUUAAACUGCCGAACCAAUAAAUCCAAAACAAACGAAAUGUUGCAGAAAAGCAUGAACACAGAAGAAAGUCUAUCUUCUUCACAAGUGAAAUGGCAGUUUAUGUGUAAAAAAUGCAGAAAAACUAAUAUAAAUGCUAAUUUUGGAAAGGGUUUGUGACUAAGUGACUACUAAAAAAAAGUGUACGUACCCCAUUUUGAAUACCGUGAGUUAACUUCUUUAAAAAAAAAAUAAAAUGGUUUGAUGGAGGUAAAUUACAUUGGCCAGCUUCAAAAAUGUCCCAAUUAUGACAUGGGUGCAUGAUGACCAGCUGUGAAAAUUCCAAGUUGGAAAAAAACUGGAAUGCGCACCCUCCAAAAAAGGUAUUUUAGCCCGCAUAGAACCCAACACACCUAUUCAUGGGUGGUAUCACUGUACUCAGGAGAUGUUGCUGAACACAUAUUGGGUGUUCUUUGGCAGUAACCCUUAAAGUUUUCAGUACAUGUAUUCUUAAAUUGCUAUGUAUGUCAAAAAAUCACCAAUUAUUAUUUUUUUUAAUUUGGCAUAGAUUGGUGGUAAAAUGGCUGCAUAAAAAGAGCAUGAAAAGAGUCAAAAUACCCCGCGUUUAAUACCUUAGGUUGUCUUCUUUUAAAAAAUAUAUACAUUUGAAGGGUUAUUCAGGGAUUCCUGACAGAUAUCAAUGUUACAAUGUAACUUGCGUUAAUUUUGAGAAAAAAAAAAAAGGUUUUGAAAUGGCAAAGUGCUACUUGUACUUGUUGCCCUAGAACUUGCAAAAAAAAAAAAAUCUAAGAAAAUGUUAAGUGGGUAUUUCUAAACUCAGGACAAAAUUUAGAAACUAUUUAGCACCGGUGUUUUUUUGGCAGUUGUAGAUGCGUAACAGAUUUUGGGGUUAGAAAAAGUGUGUGUGUUCACUUUUUUUUUCAUCAGAUUUUAUAACUUUUUUAUAGUAAAUGAUAUGAUAUGAUGAAAAUAAUGGUAUCUUUAGAAAGACCAUUUAAUGGCGAGAAAAACAGUAUAUAAUAUGUAUAGGUACAGUAAAUGAGUAAGAGGAAAAUUUCAGCUAAACAAAAACACCACAGAAAUGUAAAAACAACCCUGGUCCCAAACGGUAACAGAAUUGAAAAGCGGUCUGGUUAAAGUAUCUAAAAGACCUAAAAAAAUGAUUUGAAUAUUAUAAAUUGUAGAUUCAGGGAUAUAAUGAACCCAGACACAGUGCUUUUUCUGCAUUCAGAGAUUGAGAUAAGCAGGUACUUAACAUUUUGACUCGUGAGUCAAUAACAAUCUUUGUCACUCUUUGCUGCUCUAUUGUGUGAACAUGUGUGCCUUACAACCUGUUUUUGUCAAAGACUGCUCACAGUUGAAGCAUGUACUCAAUUCUACUAUCUGAACACAAGCACUGCACAGGAUACUAUGAUUCUUAUACUUUGUAAAUGACAUUCACUGGUUCGCCACAGUUAUGUAGUGUUUUUAAUGGGCAAAAUUUGUUUUGGUUUAGCAUUCUUGGAAAAAACGAAAAUAUGAAGACCUUCAUAGUGCAGCCAUUUGUGAUAAAAUUUAAUAUAACUGAAACCAUUCUCACGUUGGAAAUAUAAUGGUGAUAUUUGAACACUGCUUUGUAGGUCCAAAUCUUAAUUGAUCUUUUGUAUAGAUUUAUAUAUUUUUUUUUUUUACAUAUGAUGGGUUGCAUUAUGAAGUUUUUUAGUUUUUUUUCAUAUAUAUAUAUAUAUAUAUAUAUAUAUAUAUUUCUUAUUUUCAUUAACACAAGAAAAAAACCAAAAUACAUUGUUACCUUUAAUUCAUUGUGUUAAUUUUUCCUAUUUACUGCAAUAUUAUACAUUGUUAUGUAUAAAAUAAUUAUGUAUCUUAUUGAUCCACUAUAAAUAUAUAUUUUUUUUCACCCUACAUUGUGAUAACUGUGGACUCCUGUAACUUGUUCCUGGAGAGUGGCAGACUCCCUUCCAACGUACACAUUAUUUGUGUGCAGCACUCCAUUUAUUAUAUGCACAACCCAUAUUGGCCAGUGACAACCUAAAUGGAAAAUAAACAUCUAUCUGAGAGCUAAAUUGUUUUGUGUGUCUGUCUGGGUUCAGCCUCUACACACUGCUGUGCUUUAAAAAAUAAAAACAAUACAUAUAUUUUUAUUUAAAACACAACCCCAGACUUUGCACUCCAACUUAGAAUUUUUCUUUUUUUAACCUGGUGCUCAGCAACACUUGAUAUAAUGGAACAGGAUACCAGCAUUCUAGGGAAUUUUCUAUUGAUUUCUUUAUUAAAUAUAAUCCAUCUUUACUGCAAGGUCAACGUUUCAGUUCCUGAACUGGAACUUUCCUCAGGACACCAUGUGUGUAUAUUUUGUUCUUGUUGUCCCAAUCCUUAUAUUUUGAGCAGGAAUGGGGGGCAAUUUUUCAUUUAACGGGUUAUCCACUGGUCUGUCAGUGCAGGUCUGCAUACAAGGAUAGGUGAAGACAUCUGUGACUGCAAUAAACCUAUUUUAUUUGCAAUUGUUAAAAUUGUAUAUACACGUAUGGGAACAUACUCUGGAAAUCGUGUUUAUUCCUGUAGUGAAGGUGUUAAGAUGAUUCCCCCUUUUUGGGAUUUUCUCAUUGCACCCAACGAUCAUAAAGGAAUUUAAACAUUACUUAUCUUUAAUCUAAUUGUUUACUUGUGCCAUGAAAAUUAUAUUAUCACAUGCUUUGUCAGGGGAUAAAGUGCAGCCUACUUAUAUCCUGUGGAUAUCCACAGAAAUAUUCUAAAGAGUAAUGUGCCUGUGUAUGUUCUCUCUCCUCAGCCUGCCCGCACUGUAAGUUUUCCUAUGCUCUGGCCCGAGGAGGCUGCAUGCACUUUAUCUGUUCCCAGUGCCGACACCAAUUCUGCAGUGGGUGUUAUAACACCUUUCAUCCCAAGAACGUGAGUGACUUAGUAAGCACUGAGCUUCUGUGAAAGUAAUAUAUAUUCUCUAUUUCUAGAAACGUUCACAUGUACACAAAUUUUUGUUACUUGCAGUUAUCGCUGAGAAAGUGAUACAUUGUAAAAUACAGCAUGUAAACAUACUUUAUUAUAUAGGGAUCAUUUGUAUACUAAUGUACUAUGCUUUCCCCCCUUCCCCCCUCACCCCUUACUUUCUUGGUUUAAGCAAAGUACAAUAUGUAAUACAAAGAGAGAGGUACAUAAUCUAUAUUCUCUCUAUUUACUGACUAUAUCUGCUUAACCCCUUAAGGACCAAACUUCUGGAAUAAAAGGGAAUCAUGACAUGUCUCACAUGUCAUGUGUCCUUAAGGGGUUAAAGUAGACUUGUGCUAUCAAGGACUAUUAUGUUACUGUGUACAGCAUUAAAAAGGUUGUGUAAAUAUUGCAUUUUCUUUUUCAAUUAACCCCUUCCCGACCGAGGACGGUACAGGACCGUCAUCGGCAUUUUUGGCUUGCCGACCGAUGACGGUCCUGAACCGUCCUAACGGUCUUAGUUACUUACCUGAUCGCCGUCGUUCCCCCGGCGGCGAUCAGUGUUGCUCCGGUUGUGGGGAGACUGCCUGCAGCCCAGACAGUCUCCCCACACUGAAUUAGGACCCCUGGGGCCAUGUGAUCGCUUAACACAGCGAUCACAUGGUCACAAUAGGUGUCCUAGUGUCUGCCAGCAGGGGGACUGUCUGUGAUGACAGGCAGUCUCCCUGCUAGUGUAAAAUCAAAAAAUAAAAUAAAGUUAGUGUUAAUUAAAAAAAUAAUAAUACCGUAUUUUUCGCUCCAUAAGACGCACUUUUUUUCCCCUCAAAAGUGAGGGGAAAUGUCUGUGCGUCUUAUGGAGCGAAGGCCGCUAGAACUUAUUUUGUUCUCGAGCCAAGGGAUCAAAGGAAGUGUGCACACUGAGUGUGCCCACUUCCUUUCAGUCCCGCCGGAAACCGGAACCUGAAAUAUUAGUUCCUGGACCGCGGAGCGCGCUGUGAAGCCGGCCCACGCUCCAAGACAGGCAAGUAAUUAUGGGACAAGGGGAGGGGGAGACACUAUGGGACAAGGGGAGGGGAGGAGACACUAUGGGACAAGGGGAGGGGACUAUGGGAGAAAGGGAGGGGAGACACUGUCAAGGAGGAGUGAGCAUUACCCAUGGGUCAAGGGGAGUGGGGGAGACACUAAGGGACAAGGGGAGGGGACACUAUGGUGGGAGAAGGGGAGGGGGGACAAUCAUGGGACAAGGGGAGGGGAGGGAGCAUACCAUGGGACAAGGGGAGCCGGAGGACUAUGGGACAGGGGAGGGGAGGAGUGACACUCAUGGGACAAGGGGAGGGGGACACUAAGGGGAGGGGCGGAGACACUAUGGGACAAGGAGAGUGGGGGACAUUAUGGGACAAGGGGAGGGGGGGACACUAUGGGACAAGGGAGGGGGGGACACUAUGGGACAAGGGAGGGGGGACACUAUGGGAGGGAAAGUGCACUAUGGGACAAUGGGAGGGGGGGACACUAUGGGAUCAGAACACUAAUGGACAAGGGGAGGGGGGGUUAAAGAACACUAUGGGACAGGGUAGGAGGGGUUAACAAUCACUAUGGGACAGGGUAGGAGGGGUUAACAAUCACUAUGGGACAGAGGAAAGGGGGUUAAAGAUCAUUAUGGGACAGGGGAGAAAAAAAAAUAUUCUGAACAAACUGUCCCAUGGUAAGAAACACUAUGGAACAGUUUGUUCAGAAUAUUUUUCUAUUUCUCCCUAAAAACUUAGGUGCCUUAAGUAGAGGUAUGCCUUAUGAGCCGUGUAACACGGUAAUUAUAUAUGUGUAUAUAUGAUAUAUAGACAUAUAUUAUAUCUAUAUAAUAUAUGUCUAUAUAUCAUAUAUAUAAUGCCAUACUAAGUGUAUUUUUAUAUUAAUAUGUACUUAUAUUAAUAUAAAAAUACACUUAUAAUUAAAUUACACACGUAUAUAUAUAAUAACUAUAUAUAUUGUGUAUACAUAUAUUAUUAUAAAAUAUAAAUAAUAAGUAAUUUAAAUUAAAUAAUUUUUUUAAAAAUAAUAAUAAAAAUUUAAAAAAAAUUAUAUAUCUAUAUGAAAUUUUAUUCUAACUGUAUUUUAAAAUUAAUAUAUAUAUAUUUAUAUCAAAAUACACUUAGAAUGAAUUUGUAUAUAUAUCUAUGUGUAUAUAUAAAUAAAUAAAAAUAAUACGAAAUAUACAUAUGUCCAUAUACAAAAUUACAUAAAUAAUUAUAUAAAUAUACACGUAGACUUAAACUAUAUAAAUAUGCAUAUAUAUUUAAAUUCUACGUGCGUAUUUAUGUAAUAUUUUUACAUAAUUCAGUAAUUUUAUUGAUUGUAAUUUGAGGGACCUGCCUGCCAACCCAGGCCGAAAUUCCAGAGAAUUUAAUUUGCUAGCACUGUAUUUUACCCUGAAACGUUCUACGACACCCUAAAACCUGUACAUGGGGGGUACUGUUUUACUCGGGAGACUUCGCUGAACACAAAUAUUAGUGAUUCAAAACAGUAAAACAUAUCACAGCGAUGAUAUUGUCAGUGAAAGUUACUUUUUUGCAUUUUUCACACACAAACAGCACUUUUACUGAUGAUAUAAUUGUUGUGAUACGUUUUCCAGUUUUUAAACACUAAUAUUUGUGUUCAGCGAUGUCUCCCGAGUAAAACAGUACCCCCCAUGUACAGGUUUCAUAGCAUUUUUGAAAGUUACAAGGUCAAAUAUAUGGGUCAAAUAUUUUUACAUUGAAAAUGGCCAGGUUGGUUACGUUGCCUUUGAGAGCGUAUGGUAGCCCAGGAAUGAGAAUUACCCCCAUGAUGGCAUACCAUUUGCAAAAGAAGACAACCCAAGGUAUUGCAAAUGGGGUAUGUCCAGUCUUUUUUAGUAGCCACUUAGUCACAAACACUGGCCAAAAUUAGCGUUCAAUUUAGUUUUUACUUUUUUCACACACAAACAAAUAUGAAUGCUUACUUUGGCCAGUGUUUUCGACUAAGUGGCUACUAAAAAAGACUGGACAUACCCCAUAUUGAAUACCCUGGGUUGUCUACUUUAAAAAAAAUAUGUACAUGUGGGUGUUAUUCAGAGAUUUAUGACAGAUAAUAGUGUUACAAUGUCACUAUUGAUAAAUUUUAAAAAUGUAUGUUUUGAAACCGCAAUAUCCUACUUGUACCUAUAGCCCUAUAACAUGCAAAAAAAAGCAAAAAAGCACGCAAACACUAGGUAUUUUUAAACUCAGGACAAAAUUUUGAAUCUAUUUAGCAGUUUUUUUCAUUCGCUUUUGUAGAUGAGUAAAAGAUUUUUCAAGUAAAAGUCAAAAAACAUGUAUUUUUUUCAAUUUGUCAUCAUAUUUUUUUAUUUUUUUUUAAUUAAAAUACAUGAGAUUAUAUAAAUAAUGGUAUGUAAAGAAAGCCCCUUUUGUCCUGAAAAACACAAUAUAUAAUUUGUAUGGGAACAGUAAAUGAGAAAGCGGAAAAUUACAGACAAACACAAACACCACAAAAGUGUAAAAAUAUGCCUGGUCGCAAAUGUACAACAUCGCAAAAACAGUCCAGUCCUUAAGGGGUUAAUCUGUGCAUGUAGCUGUAUGUUUCUUUGUUUACUAGGCAGCAAAGAUCCCUCUCAUUGUUUCUUUGUUGACUGAUUUGUGGAUCUGCAUUAUGAAACAGAUAUGCACUGACUCGGAAGGAUCUGAGAUGUGGUUUUACUGCCCAGUUAAAGCUCUGUGAACAGUUAGCUGCAUUUAACCAUGAGUUCUUGUAGUAUUAUAUAGUCACAGUAUGUUUUUAAUUUCAGAAAUGCACAGUUCGUUCCUGCACAGUGAGGAUGUCUCUCCAUGCCCACCAUCCCAGAGAUUGCCUCUUUUACCUCCGAGACUGGGAGGUGACACGUCUUCAGAGACUCCUCCAAGUAAGUAUUCGCUAACUCUCCUAUUUAUUAUAACCACCACAUUCCCAGGGCUCAAUUUCCCAUCCGUAUUCCAAUAAAAUAUACAUAUGUUUAUACAAAUAGAUAUGUUUUACUUAACUGAUUUUAAAUUUUCAGACCAUUGUAAUGUACAUUAAUUUUUAAAAAAAAUAUUUUUUGACUACCUUUGGGACCGUCUUCAUUCAAUGUUUUCUUUAUAUCCACAUUUCUCCCAUAAAUCAUGCAGUCUUUUCAACUUUGCACAAGUUGUGUAAUUGUUGUAAGUGCCUCUGGUAGAAUCUUACCUUGUUCUUCCAAACUAGAGCUUCAGUGACAAAACCUCAAAUCAUAUCUAUUUUAUGGACAGUAUUACAAGUGAUCUAUGAUACUGAAUCCUGUCAGCAAAACAUGUUUAUGUUUAAGUAUGGUGUGAUUGAUAGGAUAUUUGGGAUUCUGCUGAUGUACCUAUAAUAGAGGACAAAACAUAGUCGUCCAUCUUUGUUCCCGAAUGUGGAACGCAUAACGAUCACGUGAUAAAUCACGGAACACGUGACGCGAACGUAACGUAUGACGUAUGCGGAAGUGACUAGUUUCGGAACGAGCCCGGCUUUUUUCAUUUCGAUUAAGUGAACACACCUGAAGAAAAGAAACCCUGGACGAAUAGGAGUCAGAAGAGGAGAGAACACCCACUAUUCCACCAAUGACUAGAAGGGAUUAGCCCUAUAUAAGUUUAUUCAUGUGUUAGCGUUUUUAGGAUGCUGUUUUUUAUUCUCUGUAAUUUUGGUGAUUGAAUAUUGUGCUGAAAGAGGUCCCUGAGGAAGUCCUUUUGUAUAAGGACGAAACGCGUAGGACCAGCAUCUCUUUCUUAUAUUGUUUUUAUGUAUUUUUAUAUAUACCUCUUGAAUUUUAUAAGUGAAUAAAUCACCUUUGAAGUAUUCCUUUGGUUGCAUCUGCUUGGAUCUUUUUGCUGACCCGGAUACCCCACUGGCUAUCACUUGAGGAGGGAGAAUUAAAGGAGAAUAACCCCCCCUUUUUUCACACUUAGGGGGAGGCACCCUGAACACGCUUAUAUUCUUUGGAAUAUGUGAGUGCAUAUUUUUUACCAGCGGUUUUAUAGUGUGUAGCAAUAUUUGCACUAUGUUUUGUCCUCUAUUAUAGGUACAUCAGCAGAAUCCCAAAUAUCCUAUCAAUCACACUGUUCUGCUAUAAGGUUAUCAACUGGGAAAUAACCUUGGGAAGCUGUGUACCUUUCAGUUAAGUUGUUGUGUUAUAUCACCUUUUUCACGGGUGUCCGUGUUUUUUGUUAUGUUUAAGUAUAUUAGGAUUCAGAACACAAUUAGAAUUGCUAACUUCACACGGCAUCCAGGCAGCCUCGUAGACCAAAGCUCUAAAACUGUUUUUCUCCCUCAAAAUAAUUAUUUAUAAUGAAACUUUCAGGGUUAUUCACUAAUCACCGGAUUUUGUUCGAAUGGACAAAAUCUAGUGAAAAAGGCCAAAUUCCAAAGUGUUAGUUUUCUCAAAAAUCAAGAUAGGAGCCGCACUCAAAUCCCCGCAGACCCACUGUGCACUGGAGCAGGAGCAGAGCAGCAAUCCCACAACGAUGAGGCAAACAAAAAGGAAAGUCUCCAGGCAAUCAAGGUGUUCAAGCUGCAGGCAGGUUUAAUAGAACAAAAAAGAGCAGCAACGUUUCGACUUGCUAAGAGGUCUUUGUCAAUUUGACAAAGACCUCUUAGCAGGUCGAUACUUUGCUGCUCUUUUUUGUUCCAUUAAACCUGCCUGCGGCUUGAACACCUUGAGUGCCUGGAGACUUUCCUUUUUGUUUGACUUUUCUGUUCGGGGCCUCAAUUGCAAAAUCCAGACAUUGUUGAUUUCCAUUAACAAUUCAGAACAUGGCCAUUCGGAAUUUAGUGAAUUACGCGGUUUGUGGUGAAUAUGAACAUUAUGUAAGGAAUGUGUAUAUACAGAAUUUAGAGAAGAUCGCAUACUUAUGGCAUCUGAGGAUAAUGUCUAGUACACAUUUUUCCUAAAUGCAAGUUUAUUUUAUAAAUUGCUCUUUAAACUGUUCUCCCAAACCACAAUCCUGGUUUUAUAUGUAUGUUAGGCAAUAAUCGGAUAAAUAAAACGAGACACAAAAUAACCACAGACAACGUUUAAUUACUUUUCAAUGGGCUUGGCCGUGGUGUUUAUUCAAAGCUCAAGGGGCAUACAACUAUAACUUUGUAACCAUAACCAUAUAACAUAUGGUUCACCAACUUUCAAAACUUUUAACUUUAUUAACCACCAAAUAGCCAUUCAGUCAUAACUAACCUGACCGCAUUUUACUUAAAACGUUCAACUUUAUUGCCGGUUAGUCAUAACUAACCUGACCGCCUUUUAUUUAAAACCAUUUACCACCAUAUCCUUCCUCAGAACCUGACCCUGAGGAUGACUUUUGCCCCAAUGCUUCAUAACACGACAAUACAAUUAAAUAAAAGUAAAGGGAGGGGGGUGGGGUCCGUCCGCACCGUUCUUGCUUCAGUCCACUCUGACAGGAUUAAACUUGUGCUGCUUCUUUUUUUACUGUUCCAGUUUCCCGCUCUUUUUCUGCUUGCAACUUUCAACCAAUCCCAUGCCAGCUCCAGCCCCCAGAAACAGCUGUGUCAUCAAUUCUGCCCAGAUACCUGUCUAACUGACCAUCUACCACAAGAUGUAAAAUUCCUCACAUUCAAAUCCUAGACAAAACAAAUUAUCUCCUUCAUUGCCAACAUACAUAUAUGCCACAGUGCUUAGUGCCUCAUUUACUGCUAUAAAGCACGAAUCUUGGUUCAUUUACAGCAGGUACUUCUUAGUGAUGUAUCUUCCUAACUCCCUAACUAACUUGUGCCUUCUGUUCUGUCAGAUGUCCCAAGUGCAAUUUAACACGGAUCCCCCAGCUGGAACACAGGCUGGCCCUGGAGGUGAGAUGGAAAGAAGAUGGAAAAACUAAUUUUAAUGUUUCUGUUUUAUUUGCCAGCAGAGGAAAUGUAUAAGUUAUGACAUGGUUGCAUACAUUUCAUUUAUUAUUUUGCAUUAAAACCUUUUUGAUUUAAUGAAUACAAGGUCUAGUUCAAGUUGAAAAUGUAAAUAAAAAGUGCAACUUUACAAAGUAAGAUAGUAUCACUCAAAGUGAAUAAGAAACUAAUUUUGUACUUGCGUAUCUUGAAAGUCUGGCCCUCCUUUACAUCCUGCAUGUAUGAAAAUAAUUACUAAAAUAAUUAUUUUCUAUUGUCAAAUAUUGCAGUAUUUUAUAAGUUUGGGUCUAUACAGUUUGGGUAUAUAGUUUUUCAUAUUAACAGCAUGUAAACUUUUAUAGGGACAGUAUUUUUUUAUGUAACUGUUUGCAAACCACAAUUACACCAACAUAUAAUCUAAACGUGAUGAUUACAUCCAGAAUGUGCUGAUAUCCUAACCUGUAAUACUGAUAGAGUGAUGCACCAAGAGAAAAUGUUAAAUGUUCAUAAUCCUGUGCAGUAUUUUUCUCUACCUCUCCGUAGGUGGUUGUCGUGUGAUGGAGCAGAAGGAGAAUCUGGAAGGUCUGAAAGAUGAAGCCUGUGGAAAGAUUACAGCCCCUGGUUAUGCCGGGCUGUGCGAGUGAGUGUUUUUCCAAUUAGCGUUUUUCCGUAAAGAUAGGAGCAGUUUGCAUAUAUCAGUCCACCUCCACUGAUCCCGACCACCAGUUAGCAUUUACCACUAUCAUAUAAACUAGUUGGAGGUCCAGUGGGCUGUCAGUGAUUAUAUUUGAAUAUAUAUAUAUAUAUAUAUAUAUUUAUUCAAAUUGUUCCCCUAUAGGAUGUAUUAUGAGUUUGCAGCUGCUAUUUUUUCCUUUCCUCUUUACACCAAGCUGUAGCAAGUGUAAAGUUAUGUGAAUUGGAGACAGCAUCUGACCUGGUGGUACUUUGUACCUUCCAGUAUGGAAACCUGACCUUUGGUUAAUAUUUCUAGUCUCCUUUUAAUCCCCAUGGAAGAAAUUAAAGAUCCAAGCCACUAAUUAUUAGUUGCUAACAGUGACAUUUUGUAGGAUGUAGAGUUGCUAACAGACUGUCAUUUUAAUCAUUACUGGCUUGUCAAUACCUGCAACAAGUUUAGAUAUGGGCCCUGUGUCUAUCCUGCUUUUCUCAACUAAUUUGCUUUUUUGUACUGCCCUUGCAAAGAAGUCUGUACUGGGUUUGCAAUUCAUUCAAUUCAUUCAGUAUGUUAGUUCCCCUUCUAUUUUAUAAGGACUGUUUAUAUUUUUCUUUUUCAAGUUGUUUCUUUGCUCACUUUGCAACAUCCAUUAACCUUUUGCAUUGGGCUCUCUGAACCAAAUCUUUUUUUUCCCCCAGGUCCCACUAUAAAGAAUACCUUGUGAGCCGGAUUAAUGCUCUUUGCCUGGACCCAUGCCUUCUUUAUGACUUGGGAGAGGUGGUCAAUGUGUGUCAGCGUUACUUGUCAGCAUUCCCGCCAAAGGAAGGCAGUGAAGACGAUGGUGGCUAUAGAGAUCGUCUUGUAAGAGUAAGUGGAUUACAAAGUAGAGAGUAAUGGCAACAAGUAAUACUUUUGUGGUGGUGUUUUUUUUUUGUAUUAUUAUUACUUGUUUUCUGGUUUUUGUACUGGUUUUCUUUCUUAUUAAAUAUUUAAUACAUAUUCUCCCUUUCAUUUACUUACAGCAUUCCUGAUUGUUUGCCUCUUGUCAGUCUUGGGUUGCUUCAUUUCUACAUUUUUUUUCGUCUUUUCUCAUCUGCUUCUUUAAUUUGUUUUUGUUUUCACAAUUUCUCAAGCACUCACCUUUUCCUCUACCGGUUGUCUUCCUGUCUUCUUUCAAUGAUCAUACUUUCAUUUGGAAAAUCUCAUCCAUACUUCUUUUUUCUAUACUCUUUUGAACAGUUGCUGAUGUCUGAGGUCCCGUUGAAUACAAGCUGCCAACGAAAUCAACGCUCCUAAUGUGUGACUCACGUCGGUUUGAGUACAGAAAUGAUAUGAUCAGAUAUUAUGGGGUUGUUCAGUUAAUUUGUUGUUUAGUUUUUACCCUCCCAAAUAAACAGUAUCUCCAUACAUUUAUCAUAUGUGCAGUCUUAUAUGGAGAGAUUCACUAGAAUUAUCUUUAAAACCCUAUAAUCAAUCAUCAUGCCACAGUUCAACUUGAUUAGUCACUGUUUUUCUUUUUCUCUCAGAUUAACAUGCAUUGCGACAUCUGCUCACUUAGAGUAGACUCCAAACCUUAACUUAAACCAGUAUCACCUAUAUUCGCUGGAUAUCCAUAGUUUUGUAUUACAAGUCUUUGUCUUCACACACCUGUAGUUAUCUCCUGGUGGCAGUGAAAUGAAGAUGAAGGGCAAGGGGAAAUAUGACUUUUAGAGCAAAGUGAAAACCUGGAGAAGAGUCCUAUUUCACAUAGCAAGAAGCUAAGAUUGUUUUUUUUUUUUUUUUCAAGCAUUACAAAUAGUUACACUGCUCAUCAUUUUGUUCAUAAUUAUUUACAAGCAUAUUUAUUUCUUGUAAUGAAUAUAUUUGGGUUUCAUUCACUGAGUACAUUAGUAAUGUCCUCCUUGCGUCUGUGUAUAUGUAUGUUCAGCAUCUUGUUUAUUAACUGAAAUCAUUUUUAUUUUCCUACUAUAAUGUAGUAAAAGUCCACUGAAGAUACUUGGCAAAUUAAGACAUUUGGAAAUGUGUACUUUAAUAAAAAAAAAAGUUAUGUAUUCUGUAAUUAAAUCAAAUGGUUUAAGGGUUAUUCUUUGCAGUAAUUUUUCCCUUUUUUUUUUUGGAAUCCAUUGCAUAAUUAUCCAUUACCAUGUACUACGAUAGUUUGGUGAUAAUGUUUACAGGUUAGUCAAAAGCUUGUCUUACUGUAAAGGAAACAAGCCAUUUUUGCAUUUUUUACUGUUUCUGUUUAACUGCAAUUUGCAUCUCUCUCAUUUAUUGCACCAACAGAUAUUAUAUACCAUUUUUCAGAGGGCAAAAAAGGCUUUAAUUCAAUGUUACAUUUACAUAUAUAACUUCUCAUUAAUUAUUAAAACAUAAAAUGCCCCAAAAUGGGGGGGGGGGAAAACAAAACACAUUUUUUUUCAUAAUUUUGGCAAUAAUAGUGUGUGCGUAAUAUGUCCAGCAUAGGAAAAGUAAUUCAAAAUAAAUUCAUUUAUGUAUUUUGAUUUAUCGAGUACAUAAUAUGUAUAGGAUUUCCGCUUAUUUUGAAAAUUACCGGUCACAAAAUACAAGGACUAAAAUACAAUAAAAAAAAAAAACUAAAUACAUUUUUAGAAGUUGGUAUGCUUAUCUUGUAAGUUUAG